AUGAGUAUGAAAUUAGAGUUCUCAAUCGAAGCCGAACACGCAACGCUGUGUAGUUUUAUAUCCUCGAAAGAAUUACUACGCGCGCGCACGCAACGCUACGUUUACGGCGGGCGGGCGGGCGGCGCGAGUAGAGUCACGCAACGUAGGGGCGCCCGCGCAGUCGCGUCCGCGCACGCGCCGGCCAUGGCGGCCGCCCGCACGGCGGAUCUCGAACUCUGUCUGUCGCAAAUAAAAACGUACUCCGUCGAGAAAACGCUACUCCCACUCAUCAAGCAGGGAAGGGAAAUGUGGAAAAAUAGAUCGGCCCACGAGGCGCGUAGACGGACGGGCGGCCACGUGGGUUCGAAGGAGGCGGGAGCGAGGGGGCGCCGAAGGCGGCGGCGGAUCGAUGCUCCGGGUCUAACAGACGGCAGUGCCGUGGCGGAUGCAGGCCGAGCGGUGCGCGGUGCCGCAGCGAACCGCCAGGGCCCGCACACGUGCGCCCCGCGCAGCGCCGAGAUGGACGCGCUCUCCGACGACGACGAAUACGCUUGCCGAGAGGCCCAGAUCGGGAGCCUUGUGGCGACGCGGGGUGAGGCGGCGGCGGGAGGCGCGGCCGUGCAGCGCGUGGGGGCGGCCGUCGCUUGCGCAGUGGAACGAUUCGUGGCCGUGGGCGAGACCAUCGCCGACGACAACCCCGACGUCCGACAGAGCAUGGUACUGGCCUGUAAGGAAGCUCGCUCCGCAGGUCGAGCGAUAGAGCGCGUGUGCGGUGGCGGCGACGGCGCGGGGAUGGUGGCGGCGGCUCGGGCGCUGCUGGCGGCCGUGACGAGGGUUCUUCUUCUGGCCGACAUGGUGGUCGUGCGACAGCUCCUCCUGGCCAAGGACAAGGUGGCGCGUUCGUUGGAUCGUCUGGAGUCGGUGUCCAACUUCGCCGAGUUCGUGCGCGCCUUCACCGAAUUCGGCGGGAGCAUGGUGGAGCUGGCGAGGCUGACUGCGGAACGGAGAGCGGACUUGAGAGACGAAAGGCGCCGGGCGCAGGUGGCGGCGGCGAGGAAUGUGCUGGAACGCUCCACGCUCAUGCUGCUCACCUCUUCGAAGGCUUGUUUGAGGCACCCUGGAAGCGCUUCGGCGAGAGAAAAUCGCGACACGGUCUUCUGUCAAAUGAGGCGGGCGAUGGAUCUCAUUCACUAUGUCGUUCGAGAUGGUCUUCCCGGCCACGAGGAGCAGUCGCAAGAGGCAGCUCAAUGGGAGGCGGGAACGGCGCUGGGCGCGCUGCGAGGGCUGACCACCCAAGUGCGCGCCGCGAGGGCGAGGGGCGGCGCCGACGGGGCGCGCAGGAGAGCCCUGGCCGCGACGCUGAGGGCCCUGGUCGAACGCACACACGACUUCACGGACUCUGCCUACACCUCGCACGAGCAUCGCCAGAGGAUCCUCGCGCUCGCCGAGCGGAUCGCGUACGAACUGGAGCGACUGGUGUCCGUUGCAGUGUCCUUAGAGGAACAGGGCGUGAGCGGUACGGUGGCAGCGUUAGAGAGCGCCUGCGCGGGCGCCAGCACUGCCGCAGGUGAACUGGAGAGGGCACUCGUCGCCGCCGCGAGAGACCAGGCCAGAGAUCUGGCCCCGCUCGCGGAACAGGCCAGAAAGAUAGCCUCAGACCUCGCGCACAUAGGUAACCUACGACGAAAAAUAGCUAGUUCCUGCGGUGAGAGAGAAUCAGAGAGACUGCACAAUAUUGCCAGCCAGCUUCACGAGCAAUUAGAUCAUAUUAUUGAGGUAUGCAAGUUACUUAGGCAUAUAGCGAUGUCGGAGACCCUUCAAGUUAGUGCUAAGUUCGCCGAAAUAAAUUUAAGGAUAUACGGGCCUCAAGUCGUGACGGCGGCGAGGACGCUCGCCGCUCACCCGGGGAGCGCCGCGGCGCGAGAAAACCUAGACGUGUUCGUGGACAUGUGGGCGUGGCUGCUCGCCGACGCGGCCAGGCUCGCCAAAGAGCUGCUAGAUCUAACGGACGAAAGGCCCGACAAGCAACAAUACAGUAGUUUACCCAGACCAGGCAAACACGGCACGACUAGUAAGCCAUUGAAAGCGGUCCGUCUGGACUCCGACGAGCAAGCGAAGAUAGCCAAGUCGGGCCUUGAAAUGAAAAUGAUGUCCUCCGAGAUGGACGCGGAGGCCGAGAAGUGGCAAGGGGCAGACGAAAACAACGACAUCGUAAAGAGAGCUAAGAAUAUGUCUUCCAUGGCCUUCGCUAUGUACCAGUUCACGAAAGGUGAAGGCCGCCUCAACACGACCCAAGACCUUUUCACACAAGCGGAAUAUUUCGCAGAAGAGGCGAAUAGGCUGUAUAAAAUAGUGCGACAGUUUUCAUACCAGGUUCCGGCCGGAACGGCCAAAAAGGAGUUGUUGGAGCAUUUGGACAAGGUCCCGACGUACGUGCAGCAGCUGCAAUUCACGGUGAAGGAGCCGACGGUGGGCAGAGCCGCGACCUUCAGCAAAGUGGACAACGUCAUUCAAGAAACCAAGCACCUCAUGAACGUCAUAAGCAAAGUGGUGACGACGUGCUUCGACUGCGCGAACAAGUACUCGCUUUGUAUGCCCGAGAGAAUCCCUAUGUAUUGGAAGCCAAAUUUACGGAAAGCAUCUACGUUUAAGAGUGAAAAUAGCUACAAGCUGGACUUCACGGGCCUCUCCGCGGGCGGCGCCGGCGCCGGCAGGACCGCUCGCGACGACGAAGCCGGCGGCGGAGGCGGCACGGACGCGAAGCCCGGGGGGGAGUUCGUCGGAUACGGCCAUGUGACAGUACGGCAUGGGCCGGCGCGGCAAAGGCGACGCGCGCCGGACCAGGGUCAGCUUCCUUCUGUUUUAAGCACUUAA